AUGCCUAUCACGGCAGGGGCAGCUGCCUCGGAAGAUGUGAUCCCGCGAUUCUACAUUGUUGAGACUCCCCAAGAGCAGCUAUUGAGACAAGAGGAGACCUAUCGAUGCGCCCAGGGAGCAGCGGAGAAGAACCCGACGCGCGACGACCUGGUAACACUGAUGCUCAUUGUGAAGGAGGUGGGAACUGUCGAGAAUACUCCUAAUGGGUCCUGGGCGACGGACCUAAUUUUGACCUACGAUGACUAUCGGAAGGUCAUUGAUGAUCAGCGAUUAUCCAUAUCUUAUUAUGAUUCAUUCUUCGUCUUCGGGACGGCUCCAGUCGAUACGAUUGCGAAUGAUGGCCAGGGCCUUAACAUCUUCAACCGAGGAUAUAUGAACCCUCUAUUCACGUCUAGAUUGGUAAAGCGAUAUAAUCCAGUGCAGCGUAUAAUGGACUACAGAACUUUUCUGGACUUCUGUAUAGCCUGGGAGAAUCGUGAUACAGUCCAAGGUGCGAAAUAUUUCUGGCGUAUAUUGGACUGGCGAGGACGGGGAUGGAUCGAUAGAGAGGACCUCUCUGAACUAGCUCAAGCCAUUCUCAAUGUUGUCGAUUCAAUGCCUGGGAUUUGUGGACCCAACGGACCGCCACCAGUGGAAACACUGGUAUCAGAAAUCUACGAUCUUCUCGUGGUAGCCGACAACGAGUCCAACCCGGAAGGCCGCAUUGUGCUUCCGCAUGUGCUAGAGCAUACAAGAGCGUUUGGUACGGUGAUAGGCUUUUUGGCAAAUACUGACGCUUUUAUCGAAUACGAAGCUCGAGAGGAAAUCGUUCAUGAAAAGUUCUCUGCCAAACAAGAGAAGGAGAAAAAAGACAAACAGUAUCAACAGAAAAUUGCAUUUAUCGAGUACCAUAGUACCGUUGAUCAUCGACUCCAGCAGUGCCUCGACGGCCUCUGGGGUAAUCUGAAUGCACAGGAGGGCACCGUUGCAGGAUGUGGUGGAGAACAAGCAAGUCUCUCAUUCGCUGCUUUCAGAGAGUAUUUGAACUAUCACGAGUCGGUGUAUGCUGGAGUUUCGGUGGAACCAGGAUUGAAUGCGUAG